AUGCACCAUCCCUUGCCACCAUCCCUUGCCACCAUCCCUUGCCACCAUCCCUUGCCACCAUACUCUUUCCUCCUCAUCAACCCCCGCUCUUCCCCCCGUCUCGUUCCCUUUCCCCCACUUCUCUCCCUGCCGAUCCCAUUCGCCCUCCUCUUCAGGGGAUGUCACGAGGGACGUCACGAGUCUGGCGACCAUCCCAGCAGGCACGCAGGCGAGCGCGCAGUUCCUGGCCAAGGAGGGCGGCGUGCUGGCCGGCACACAAGCAUGCCCUCCCUUCCUGUCUUGUCUCCUCACCUCUCUCUGGCCCUUCCCCCUCCCCUCUCUCUCAUCCCCCCAGGGGACGUCACGAGCCUGGCGACCAUCCCAGCAGGCACGCAGGCAAGCGCGCAGUUCCUGGCCAAGGAAGGGGGCGUGCUGGCAGGCACCGCGCUGGCUACAGCCGUGUUUCGACUGCUGGAGCCCAGCAUUCAGGUGGAGUGGAGCAAGGAGGAUGGGGACACGGUGGAGAAGGGCGAGGUAUUUGCCACGGUGCACGGCUCCGCGCAUGCCAUCCUGCAGGGCGAGCGCGUGGCACUCAACUUCAUGCAGCGCAUGAGCGGCAUCGCCACGUCCACCAGGCAGCUUCCCUUCAAUCAUUUUCCCCCGCUCUCCCUGCCCUUCCCCAUUCCAUCUUCCCCCCGCUCCCCUCCCCCCUCCCCUUUUCGCCCCACAUGGCAGGCCAUGGUGGAGGCAGCCCGCCCUGCCACAGUGCUAGAGACACGCAAGACUGCCCCGGGACUCAGAAUCACAGACAAGUGGGCGGUGCUGAUAGGAGGGGGGCAGAACCACCGAGUGGGGCUGUACGACAUGCUGCUGGUGAAGGACAACCACAUCGCUGCUGCUGGUGGUGUGCCGGCCGCUAUCAGCUCUGCCAGAGAGUACAUCCGAUCCAACGGCCUGGAUCUCCCGGUGGAGGUGGGUGAAGGUGUGGGAGGGUUUAUGUUCUUUCUUCACUCCCCCUCGCCCUUCUUCCGUUCCCUCACCCAUCCCUCCCACACUCACCCGUCACUCCAGGUGGAGGCACGCACGUUGGAUGAGCUUCAGGAGGUGCUGAGGUGUCGUGGUGAGGGUGUUGGGCGGGUGACACGGGUGAUGCUGGACAAUAUGGUGGUGCUGCAACCAGGGGGAGGGGAUGGUGGAGGUGCAGUGCAUGUGGACGUGUCCAUGCUGCAGCAGGCAGUGAACAUGGUGAACGGGCAGCUCGAGACCGAGUGGUGCUUUUAUUCUCUAGCAUGUGUUCUUAUACCACCUUGUGCUUCUUGUGUUGUGCAUGCAGUGGUGCUUUGA